AUGUCAUCUUCUCGACAGCAAGAGUUAGCUUCGCGUAUUCAGCAUUUCAAUGCCGGAGAACAAUAUGAAGUUGUAGAUAUAGUAGGUGAAGGAGCCUAUGGUGUCGUAUGUUCGGCUUUGCACAAGCCAACUGGUCAAACCGUCGCCAUAAAACGCAUCCAACCAUUUGAACACGCCAUGUUCUGCUUGAGAACUUUGAGAGAAAUCAAGCUACUCAGAUAUUUCAAUCAUGAAAACAUAAUAUCCAUUCUCGAUAUUGUACGGCCAAAAUCACUCGACGAGUUCAACGACGUCUAUUUGAUUCAAGAGUUGAUGGAAACCGAUAUGCAUAGAGUUAUUCGUACGCAAGAUCUCUCCGAUGACCAUUGCCAGUACUUUAUAUAUCAAACCCUUCGAGCCCUGAAAGCCAUGCAUUCUGCUAAUGUCCUCCAUCGUGAUCUCAAGCCCUCCAAUCUGUUGCUCAACGCAAACUGCGAUCUCAAGAUUUGCGAUUUGGGUUUGGCUCGAUCUGCCAAUUCUGCCGAUGAAAAUAGCGGUUUCAUGACUGAAUAUGUAGCAACACGAUGGUACCGAGCUCCAGAAAUCAUGUUGACCUUCAAGGAGUAUACUAAAGCAAUCGACGUGUGGUCUGUUGGAUGCAUUCUUGCUGAGAUGUUGAGUGGCAAGCCUCUCUUUCCCGGUCGUGACUAUCACCAUCAACUGACCCUCAUCCUGGACGUACUUGGAACACCUACUAUGGACGAUUUUUACGCUAUCAAGUCGCGAAGAGCUCGUGACUAUAUUCGUGGACUGCCAUUUAAGAAACGUAUUCCAUUUUCACGUCUGGUUCCUAAUGCCAAUGCUAUGGCUCUUGACCUUCUUGAAAAGCUCUUAACAUUUAACCCGGUUAAGCGUAUCACGGUAGAGGAAGCCCUGAAGCACCCAUAUCUUGAACCAUACCACGACCCAGACGAUGAGCCUGGUGCUCCCCCUAUACCUGAAAACUUCUUUGAUUUCGAUAGAUACAAGGAUCAACUUACAAAGGAGCAAUUGAAACGUAAGUACUGA